AUGGAGAGCAAUAAAGAUGAUGUGAUCUUACUUGAACAAAUUUAUCAACAACGAUCAUUCCUACAUAAAAAAAUUAGUUUAACAUUACCUAUAUGUGCUUUAUUGAUUGUGGUUUUUGUUUUAUCGGCAUUCAUUGUUUCAAUAUUUUCAUUGUAUUGGACUCAAAAUACUGUAUGUUUUGUAAGUAAUAAUGAAGCAAUUAAACCAGACCAACCUAAAUCAAGACCAGUUUAUUAUUCUCGACCAAAACGUAGUUUAACAUCAAGAAAAGCUGAUAUUCCAUGUUUCAAUUUUGAUUGUUGUCAUACAUCUCUUAAUCCUAAUGCUCCGUGGAAUCAAAGUCGACUACCGACAAAUGUUUAUCCUAUUGAUUAUCAGUUGACAUUAGAAUUAUUUGAAUUAAAUGAAGCACAUGAUGAAUAUAGUGGUACAGUUGAUAUUGUUCUUGAAGUUCGGUCAGCAACAAAUGAUAUAAUUCUUCAUGGUGAUUUACUCCUUUCCAAUGUUACUGUAACUCAACGUGCAAGUCCGAACAAUAUUCCAUUGGUUGUUGAUUGUGCUGUACCAUUUCCUAAUACUCAAACACUGAUUAUACAUUUGGGAGAACAACUACGAGUUGGUUUUACAUAUGAUCUUCGUAUUUCAUUCUUUCGAGCAUUAAGUGUUCAUGGAACUGGAAUAUUUGAAAAUCAAUUUAAUAAAGACCCAUAUGGAACAGAAACAUCUCGAAUAAUAUUAACGCAUCUGAAACCAGUACAUGCUCGAGAAGCAUUUCCAUGUUUUGAUGAACCAGGUUUUAAAGCCAAAUUUCAAUUAACAGUAAUGCAUGAGAAUAAUACUAAAGCUUUGAGUAAUUGGGAUGAAGAGGAAAGUUUUGAGAUUCAGAAUACGAUUUAUACUGAAUUUCAAACAGUACCACCAAUACCAACUGCAUUAAUAGCUUUUGCAAUAUUUUAUAUUGAUGAUUUUGAUAAGAGAACAGCAAUAGCAACACAUCCAAUCACUAAUCGAAAGAUUGAGAUUAAUUUAUGGGCACGAAAACCAUUUUUUACGAAUGAUAAUGGAAUCUAUGUUGAUGGACCGCUCAAUAUGAUUCAACGAACUCUUACUGCUUUUUUAAAUAUUUUUCAAGAAGUACAAACUCCUAUUGUACCAAAACAAAUAGAUAUUCUUGCCGUACCUGAAUAUCCAUCUGAUGCAGUAUCACAUUGGGGUCUCAUAAUAUUUUCUGAACGUAGUCUUCUUCAUAAUCCAGAAACAACAUCUGAAGCUGAACAUCAAAACAUUGCUUUAGCAGUUGCUAAACAAAUAGCUGAACAAUGGUAUGGAAAUUUGAUUUCAUUUCGAUGGUGGACAGAUUUAUGGCUACAAGAAGCAAUUUCUAAUUAUAUGAAAUAUCAUGCAGUUGAUAUAGCUUAUCCUGAAUGGAAUAUUCAUGAUCAAUUUUAUACUGGAGAACUUUUACCGACUAUGUUUGACGAUUCUUUGAGUACAUCACAUCCAAUACUCAAACCAGUUAAUAGUCCAGCACAAAUUAAUGAAUUAUUUGAUAGUAUUGAAACAACAAAAGCAACAGCAAUUUUAAAAAUGGCUGACUAUUAUACGGAUAAAACUACGGGUUUUACGAACACGACGUUAGUUAAUAUUGUGUCUUAUCUUCAUAAUAAUGAAUUUGGAUAUCUUAUACCAGAUGAAUUCCUUAGUAAAUAUACGAUUGGUAGUUGGACAGGUCUAGAUUUUUUUGAUCGUUGGAUAUUACAAUCAAAUUUUCCAAAAGUAUUCGUUCGUUUUCUUUAUAAUAACAGUACUAGCACAUAUACUUUUCAACUUAUACAAAGUCGACAUUUAAGUGCACAUAUGUAUGACUAUGAUCUUUAUCCACCUGAAACAAAUCCAUUUGGUUAUAUUUGGUAUAUUCCAAUAAUAUGUCGAUUUAGUAAUAAUCCAACAAGCUUUACAUUAACUCGAACAUUUUUUCUUGAUCAGGAAACAACGAAUAUAAAUUUUAAUUCUUCUCAUUAUGCGUAUUAUUAUUGUAAUACUCAUUUUGCUGGAUAUUAUAUUAUGGAUUAUACACCUGAAAAUUCGGUAGAAUUAGGUGCUGCUUUAGAUAAUAACAAUGUUGAUUUAGCUGACAUUGAUCGAGCUAAUUUAUUAAAUGGUGCAUUUUUAAAUGCUCAAACCACUGAAGAAAGUUAUGCUAUUGUUAGAUCAUUUACACAAUUUUUAUAUCGUACUGCAUAUACAGAUUUACUUCCAUGGCAAACAUUAUCAUAUCAUGUAAAUCGUAUGUUAGAUGUACUCGAAUAUGAAUCAUUAUUUCGUGUUGUUCAAAAAUAUUUUCAACUUGUUGUUCGAAAUUAUUAUACAACAUAUGAAGCAAAUUUAUGGAAUACUAAUGGAACAUUUGCUGAACAAAUUCUCAAAAAUAUAAUUAUUCAACUUGCAUGUCGACUAAGAUUAAAUGAAUGUAUUGAUAAAGUAACUUUAUUAUGGAAUGAAGCAUUUCCUGCUUUAGUUAGUGGAACAGCUAAUAAUUCACUAGCUGCUCAUACUCGAGAAGUAGUCUAUCAAACUCAUUUUCAAAAUACAUACAAUGAUACUGAAUGGACAGUAGUUUCAACUGAUUUUCAUUAUUCUAUUGAUGCACAAGAACGUUAUCGUUUACUCAAAGCACUAACACAAUCACGACAACCAUGGCAUUUAUAUCAAUUUUUAUAUCGUGAUGCAGAAAAUAAUCAAGAUCGUGAUGUUGAUUUAUUAUCAGUGUUAACAUUACUUGCAAAAAAUCCUAUAGGUCGUGAAUUAGUCUGGUAUUAUUAUCGAGAAAAUUGGGCUAAACUUCAAGCUAAUUAUGGACGAACAAAUCAGAGAUUAGGGCAAUUGCUAAUUGAUAUAACAGCAACAUUUGAAGAUGAAUUUCGUGAGACUGAGUUAAUUGAAUUUCUUGCGUCGACACCAGGUGUUGAUUCAAAUGUUGAUGCACGUUUUUGGGCACUUGAACGAGCAAAUAUGAAUUAUUGGUGGAUAGUGGAUAAUUCAAAGGACAUGGCUGAGUCAUUCAAUGUUGAUGAGAAACAUAUUUGA